UUCGGCAGUAUGUCAGCUCACAUGCGGGGGAUUAUGGGAGAGCUCAUUCUAAGAUUGAUUGAAUCAAUCAGCGACUUCCAGCCAAUACCUCAGCAUCCAAUAACCCUUCUCAUGGACGCUCCGUCCUGUCUACCUCUCUACUACUACGACGCCUCCCUCUCCUCGCCGCCUGAUGGCUCUUCAACCUGUGCCGCCACUGCCGCCGCUGCAGCCGCUUCCGCCGCCGGCGCCGCUGCCGCACAAGGGGGCCAUUCCCAGCGCAGAUUGCGCCAGGCUGUUCUCAACGAGGUUCCAAUCUCCGAGAUCACCACUACCACUGCUACUACUACUACCUCUGGGUGGGUGGAACACGCGGACUUGGCUGCUGCAUGGACCAUCCCCAACGACCUCCCCCCUGCUCUCCUGCCGGGAGAGCCGUUGACAGACGUCUGCUCUCUCAUCCCGGCCCCGCUUUCUGCUUUCCUGCUGCCAAAGAGUGUUUCAGGAUGCACCGAUGCCAGUGGCAUCAUGGCGCCAGGGAAUGUCAGUGACCCACUUGCGACAGGGAAGGGAGUCUGGGCGCAUAGUAGCGUUACUGGGUUGAUGGCCAUGGAAGAGGCUUCGCUGCUGGUUGGUGGUCUUGACUUUUCAACAAUGGCAGCAAUUGUGAAGAUGGAAGCAGAAUCGGCAUCAUCAGCAGCAGCAGCAGCAGCGGCGGCAACGGCAGCGGCAGCAGAUGUGACGCCUACACCCGAUCAUCGGCUUGACCCUGGCAUUGCUGCGCUAUUCCGAAGCGGUGGUGCGUUUCUAGAUCUUCCAAGCUUGAAAAUGGAAGCUCUUGUCUCACUCUCUGCUGCCGUUUCUACUCCUGCAGCUGCCGCCGUGUCUACUCCAGCUGCUUCUGCAGCAGCAGCUGCUGCUGCUGCUACUGCUGCUGCUGCUGGUAGAAUCGCUGGUUCGACCCACAACGCCACCCCUGCCGUUGUCGCUGCUUUUGAAGCCACACGGGCACAGGGAACACGGCCCACACAACCUGUGGUUCAUCCUGCACGGCCGCUGCAAAUGGCCCAGGCAAUGCCAAGCGGGACCCAAAGAAGGGAGCUGGGCGUGGAACGGCAGCCCAUACACAGCCGCAGCGCCACGGAGAAGCGUAGACGACACCGGGUCAGCGCGAGGAUAAAGCAACUAGAGAAAGCCAUUCCUGCAUCGUGGCUGCGCCAGCAGUGCUCCACCAACCUGGCUGCACGGACCGAUACAGCGUCGCUGCUUCACGCUGCUGUUGCUUUUAUCAAACAGCUGGAG